AUGAAGCUCCUUCCGACCGUCUUCCUUCUCCUCCUCGUGUUCCUUGCAUUAGAUGAUGCUCGGGUGGAGGCCCGAGGAACACCCAGGGCUCGGGGGUCAAGACACCAAUGGUCCAGCAUGUUCGUCUUCGGCGACGACUUUGUCGACAACGGCAACGUUCCGGACAUCACUGGCGAAAAGACUUCACGGCAGUGGAGCUACCCGUAUGGCUCCUACCGCAACUCUAGUUGGUCUGGCGUUCCUGUUCCAACAGGACGCUUCUCCAACUACCGGAUGCAAUCAGAUUUUAUCGGUAUGUUUACUAUUCUAGAUGUUGGGCCUCCAUCCUACGAGCAAACAUCAGAUCAAUCUUGUGACUCGUCUGGCAUGACCUUCGCUGUUGGUGGCGCUGGUGUCUUCAAGGUAGCGGCGAACAAAGUGCGGACCCUUGCCGCACAGGUUCAAGCUUUCAAGAGGCUAGUCAACGACGGAGUCAUCGAAACACGACAGCUUCACCACUCCGUCGCGCUCAUCGCCAUCUCCGGCAAUGACUACAUGAGCGGCUCCGACGCCAAUAACGGCUUCUACUCAAGCUUCGAUGAUCUCGAUACUUACAUGGGAAACGUGGUGACCGAGAUCCUAGAUAAUGUGGCGCAGCUGCAGACGCUUGGGGUGAGGAAGACUAGCUCCAACAACUAUACCACGUGUGACCUUCUCGGCAAUUAUGGCGCAUCCGUGCACAACAAGUAUCUAAAGCAGAUGAUUGGUGAAAGGGACAACGUCCACAUACUGGACCUCUACACUGCCUUCACCGACAUCGUGAAUCAUGCCCCUGGUGAAGGGUCAGAUCGGUCCAAGGAUUUCAAGCGCAAGCUGACCCCGUGUUGCGAGAGUUCCUAUAAGGGAGGAUACUGUGGAAAGCUUAGCAGUUCAGGGAAGCACCUCUAUGACCUGUGUCAGAAUCCUGACAAGAGGUUCUACUGGGACGAGACACACCCCACACAUGCUGGGUGGGAGGCUGUAAUGGAGGCGCUGGAGCAACCUUUGAUGGAAUUUCUCGAUCAAGACUACGUUAGAUGA